GCGCACUUUAUAACUUUGAGUGGUCCGGCAGUUUACACAGAAUUGAAACUAUUAUUCCCAAAUGGUAAUUUGGAGACAGUUGACUAUGAUCAAAUGAUUCAAAAGUUAAAAGCUAGAUUUGAUAAAACGGAAUCAGAUCUGAUUCAACGUUUUAAAUUCAAUAACCGGGUACAAUUACCGGAUGAAUCGGUUGAAGAUUUCGUUUUAUCAAUAAAAUUGCAGGCCGAAUUUUGCCAAUUUGGAAAUUUUAAGGAAGCUGCUGUUAGAGAUCGUAUCAUCGCGGGGGUGCGAGAUCGAGCUCUACAACAAAGACUUUUGAAUGAAGAAACGUUGACAUUAGAAGCAGUCGAAAAAAUCAUUACGACGUGGGAAAUGGCGGGUGCUAAUGCUAGGACCUUAGUUACAAAUACUAACCAGGAUAAUGAUCAGAUAGCGUCAGUUAGUCAUCCAAUCAAAACAGGUUCUCAUUUCGAUAAAUUAAUAGCGGCUUACAACUUAGCCCAACAAGAUACUAAGGGGAAACGACAAGGUGAGCAUAGGGGCCCCGUGAAAUCCAGACUUGGGUUUAAAAAUAAAACUUUUCAAAGAGAGGGUAGAAAUCCCGCUGAAUGGCGCGAAAGUCAAUAUAGGAAAAGACCUGAUUAUUCGGAUUAUAUUUGCGAUUUCUGUGGUUUGAAGGGGCAUAUAAAACGAAAAUGCUUUAAAUUAAAAAAUUUGAAACGUGACACGGUACAGUUCGUCGACAAUUGGGAGCAGCCUGGACCUAGCAAAAGUAGCGGAUUGAGUGAAGCUUUCAGCAAGAUGCGUGCAGAGGAUUCGGAUAGCGACGACGAACGUGAUAUGGGUGGCAAUUGGAAACGCAACCUUCACUGCUCAUCGAAGGCAAAUUAGGACAGUGGAUAAGGAUAACGCUCCACGGCCAAAUGUCACGAUGUCGUGGAAGUUUCCUAAGGGAAAUGCAGACGAUGAAAGCGAUGGUGAACCAUUUUUCGGAUUCCCGGAAAAUGAAUCAAGAAGAAGCAGGAAACGUAAAGCUGAGACGACAACGGUUGUGCCGAGGCGUUCAAAACGCCUUCGUUUGGCAAAGGCUGAUCCAGAUUUUUUGUACGGAAACGAGUUGCUAUACAGUGGUUAAAAAACCCAUCUGAACUUUCCAUAAAUUAAAUUCGAAUUGUUUUUUUUUCUGGCUAAGGCCAAUCGAAAUAUUUAGAAUGGAUUUAUGAUUAAUCUUUCGAAUAAUGAAUUGAUGUUGAAUUAUUAACUAUAGAAGGAAGAGUUGUAAUGUAAAGCAGGUUUUUACUAUGAUAAUUUUGUACAGUGUAAAUAGGAUUAAUAACACGUAACGUGUCAUAACACAUUCUGAAGCAUAAUGAAAAUAUAACCAGCUAGAAGCUGAGCAUUCUAUUCUGAGUAUUCAAGUAGUUCGGUUGUACAUUUGGUUAAAAGAAAAAUCCCUGUUUGCUCUUUAUCGUUCUCUAACCUUUGGCAUCUGAGUUCAUCGACCUGUUACAGAGAAAAGCAUUUACCUGUGGCUAGUACUUUGCUAACUGGUAAGUUUAACAGUGC